UUUCUCUUCAUUAUUUGUUAACGUGUAACAAAAAAGAAGAGGAAUAUGGAUCUGCUUCCUCUUGCAGUUUCCAGCAUCAUAUUUCUUCUAGCGUCAGUGUUUUGGUAUUCCUGGAUGCUCAAUAAUUCAAGAACGGAAUUGCCUCCAGGCCCCCGAGGCCUCCCAAUCCUCGGGUACUUGCCCUUUCUAGAUAGAAACUUGCACCUUCAGUUCACCAUCUUGGCUCGUAAGUACGGCCAAAUCUACAAGCUCUGGCUCGGCAGCAAACUAUGUAUCGUUAUCAGCUCGCCAUCCCUGAUAAAACAGGUAGUUCGCGAUCUGGACACGGUUUUCGCCAACCGUGAUCCUACUAUUGCAGCAUUAUUAGGCACUGGCGGAGUCGACAUUAUCAACUCGCCCUACGGGCCCUAUUGGCGUAACCUGAGAAAGGUAUUUGCACAUGAGAUGCUGAGUAACGCAAGCCUGGACGCCUCAUACAUCCUUCGGAGAAACGAGGUCAGAAGGGCGAUCAGAAACGUGCACGAAAAGAUUGGGACGGGCGUUGAUAUUGGUGAGCUGAUUUUCGUCACUGAGCUCAAUGCUGUAAUGAGCUUGCUCUGGGGAGGAACGUUUGAAGGGGAGAAGCGCGACAGGAUUGGUGCCGAGUUCAGGGAGAAGGUGUCGAAAUUCAUUGAGCUAUUGGAAAAGCCUAACCUGUCUGAUUUUUUCCCUGUCUUGGCCAGGUUUGAUUUCCAGGGAAUUGUGCAGGAAAUGAAGGACCUUCUGCCGAGCUUCGAUGAGAUUCUCGAUUAUGUUAUAAAUGAUAGGUUGAAGAUCAUGGAUUCUGAGCAGGUUGCGGGAGAACUUUCGAAUGCCAAGAGAGGAAAGGACUUCGUGCAGAUUCUGCUGGAACUCAAGGAGCAGAAUGUUGCUGAGGAAUCAAUGACUCUCACUCAAAUUAAGGCCCUGUUGAUGGACAUUAUCAUAGGCGGGACGGAAACGACAGCAACGAUUGUUGAGUGGGCUAUGGCGGAGAUAUUCCAUAAUUCACAGGUAAUGAGAACGGUGCAGCAAGAACUAGACGAUGUCGUGGGAUUGAACGACAUCGUAGAAGAAUCCCACAUGCCCAAACUGCACUACCUGAAUGCAGUCAUCAAGGAAACAUUUCGACUGCAUCCGCCAGCGCCCCUGCUACUCCCUAGGCGACCAAGCCAAUCCACCGUUCUUGGUGGAUACACAAUCCCAAAGGGCUCCAGAGUCAUCUUGAAUGUUUGGUCUAACUAUAAGGACCCACAGGUGUGGGAGAAUCCAUUGGAAUUCAAGCCUGAAAGGUUUUUAAACGAUACUUACAAAUGGGAUUACAUGGGAAAUAAUUUUCACUAUCUGCCAUUUGGAUCAGGGAGACGGCUGUGUCCCGGUCUUCCCCUGGCUGAGAGAAUGGUUAUGUAUUUGCUGGCUUCGUUCUUGCACUCGUUUGACUGGCGGUUGCCUGAGGGGGAAAAUCUUGAUCUAACUGAGAAGUUUGGCCUUGUCAUGAAGAAAAGUAAGCCACUUGUUGCUAUACCCUCUUUGAGGUUGCCUGAUCUGAAUAUGUAUUGGUGAGUGUAAGGUGGCAUAUGUUGUGGUUGACAAUUUGCAUUAUGUAAUAGUUCAUGGAGUAUUUUAUUGCAUCAAUAGUUUGGGAAUAAUUAUGAUCAAUAAGAGAUAUUUCGACUAUCAC